UUGAGGAAGUGAAGGAACACUCGCUAUAAGAAGCCUUGCUCUCCACAGUGAGCAGUAGUUUGAGCUAUCAGACAGACAGACCGACAGACAGACAGUAGAUAUGGUUCCUUCUCCGUCAUGCAGAGAUACUUCAAUCAAUGACGAAUGUUACAAACCGACCUCCUCUGAUCAUGGAAGAACAGAGUUAGUAGCUGGAGAUUGUAUUUCUCUAUCAUGCGGGGCUCUGAGUGACUGUUCCAAUAUUACCUGGUUGUUCAGUUACAACUCUACAAUGACUGUAAAAUUGGUUGACAAAGGGAAGGUUAGGUCUGAAUACAAGAAAGAAAGAGUAUGCAUCACAAAGGAGUGUUCUCUGGAGGUAAAGAAGAUGCGAAAGGAAGAUGAAGGUCCUUACACCUGCAGAUCCAUCCUAUCAUCAGGAGGAUACGUUGAUCAUCUACGAUAUGAUCUAAAACUAAUCACAAGCACACACAGACCAACCACAACCAAAGUGAAAGUGUUUUUGACACAUGGCGUAGCAAACACAGCUUGCACAAGCACAUCCAAACCAACGACUACACCAUUGAAAGGAGCAGCCAGCAGCAGCCCAGCAGCAAGGCCCUCAACAUCAACACCAACCACACACACACUGAACGCUCCUACAGCGGGGGUCCUGCUGCGGGUCCUGGUGCUGCUGGGCUUCUCCGUCCUGACCCUGGUGGUUCUGCUCCGCCUCAUUGGCUGGUGGAGAACCAGAGGUAACAGGACGGCAACAGAAGAGUGCAUUGGUCUGAACUCUGCCAGCGACGCCCCGCCAGCCAGAGAACGCCUCGGCCCAGGGGCCAGUGACCAGCAGCAGCACACUGUGGAGAUGGACCUGGACUGGGCUCCCAGGGGCCCCUCUGUGGUCCAGCGUGGUGGGCAGAGGGCAGUAGGCUCAGCACAGGACCAAGAGGAUCCUGGUGAACUUAGCGAUGUGGCUACCUAUGAAAACCUGAGGGCCCCUCCGAGAUGUGCUGGGGACACUGCAGACACGGGCGUCCAUUUUGUCACCGUCCACCAACUGUCAAAAUGACAAACGUCUGGACAACACGUGAUGAAGCAGUUGGAAGCGGUCGGAGCUAGCUUGUUGUUGUAUUCAGAGAAUCAGAUGCAUUAUAACCGACUGAACAAACUUUGUUUCCCUUGGUCCUUAAACAAGCAUUUAGGCCUACACAACAAGCAGUAGGUCUACACUUGGUAGUCCUUAACACCAGUUGGGCUGUACAUGCAUGAGAUGACAUUUAUACUCAACGAAAAUAAUGAAAUGAAUACAAAAUCCAUGAAGCAAUAAUUGCUGAAUGCGUUCUCAUAAAUGUAAGUGAUGGGAACAUGUUUUUCAAAUGAGUUGAUAUGUUGUCCUUGACAGGACGCCAGAGACCAAACAAAAGAUAUGAAAAAUAAUAAACGGACCAAUGAACACAAAAGUAUUUAGCCAACAUUAUUGGUGAGGUUAAUUAUAUAAUACGACUAUUUUAAAGCUCUUUUAUUUACAUUUUUUCUUGUUCUACCAAACACCAUAUUCUGUUAUGCGUUAGACAUAUAGGCUACAAAUGUAAAUGAGAUGUACUUUCAACUGUGCAAUAAAAAAAUUCUGAUUUCUCCAUUUUUCGUUUUAAGUUCAUAAUGAGAUUUAACAGAAAUAUAAAAGCUUGUGAUCUUACAUUUUGGUCAAGCAUGGAUGAGGAGAGCCAAAUAUAAUUGACAG